CGCGCCGUUUGAAUGCAUUGGAAUGCGACUCCAGCACAUCUCCAUCGAUAACGUUGAUGUCCAUAUUCCCUUCAUAUUCUUGUAUUCACACUUACUUUUGAGUUUUAUACACCUUCAUGCCACCCAAACGGACCUCGAUCUGUGAAACAUGCCGCCAGAAAUUCAAAAGUCGCGGACUUGCUGCCCAUCAAAAAGCCUGCAGGAGGGAUGCUACACGGAUGCAGGAAGAUCUUGAGAGACAGAAUGCUCGAGCAGCUGCUCAAGCACACACUGAGCUGUUGAACCUGGCUCAAUCUCGUCCAAUCCUGCAUCAAUCACAACGACCAGGCGCGUCCCAAGGCUUUCAUGCGGCUCCUGCUGCUUGUGAACCUACAUUUGACGACUUGGAGUAUGCACAUCUCGAUGAACUUGGAGGUCUAUCAAAUGAUCAUGUCCUUCCACCUGCAAUACAGCAGGAUGAUAUCAGGACAGAGUAUCAUCCACGUAGUGGCAUCCCUACAAAGACUGAUCACUUUGCCGAUUUUCGCUGCAACACUGCUGCUCCCUCACUCGCACCUGAAAAUACCACUCCCUGGGAACUGUUUUCCUCGCGUAUUGACUUCGACUUUGCUGAACUGAUUCUGAAAGCCAACCUCACGAAACUGCAGACAAACGAACUCAUCGGUCUCAUCCGUCGUGCUGCGCUUGAAAGAUUCUCAGUCACCGACUAUGACGGCAUCUGUAAGCUGUGGGAUGCUGCAUCUUCACGCCAUGCAAAAGUGAGCCUCUUCUGA